UUUUGAAUAUACUGUUGCAUGUACUGCUUAAUGUGAUGAUUAAUUGCCAAAAGUUAAUGUCAAAUUGUGUGGGGAUUAGCUGCAGGAAAAGCUUUGUCAUGACUGAUUAAAAAAUGAGGAAUAACUUUCCCAUGCAUAUAGAUAGAUGAAUAAAUUACAAUGCAGGUAUGCUAACACAUCUAACAGAAUUCUCUGGCAUGAGGAAAUGUCAGCACAGCCUUUGCAGUGUAGGACUCCCAAAGCUUAAGCUUCCAACAAAGCCUUGCAGGCCACCUACAGUCCUACACCAAGGCACAUACAUCCCUGUCAGUGAGGUGUGCCAAGAGGUCCUGGCACAUGCUCCAUAGCAACUUAUUAAAAAAAAACUCCAGAGAGCUAUGAUUCCAGAACUUAUUUUUGUGGAGUUUCAGAUCUAUGGAUGAAGGGUGGUAUACAAAUUUAAUAAAUAAAAUAAAAACAAAUUUAUUUGUUAUUUGGCAGUGGUUAACCAGGUAUUGUUAUGUGACUUCUUAUCACAGUGUUUUCUUUUUUUAAAACAAAAUAACCCUGUGCAUCAGGUCCUUGUGCAUUAUAAAUUGUGAUGGUUCCCAUUUUGGGUCCCUGCCAAACGGUUAAUUGCAUUGGUAAUUUUUUCUGGUGCUUCUCAUCUCUUCAGUUUGUUUGGGGCAAUGUCUUUUUGUUGUUGUUUGUUUGUGUGUCCUUAUAAAAUACACGGUCAUUUAUUGCUUAAUACUAUGCCUACUUCUUUAGGCAUAGUAUUAAGCAACAAACUUUCUGACAUUGAAAUUGAAACACAUACACAUGGAAAAGAGAGACCACUGUUGUUGUUAGAUGUGCACAGUACUGUAUAUUGAAUGCUGAUCCCAGGCAAGCCCUGCUUGAACCCAUCUGACCUUCAGGCCUCAUAUCAGUCACGCUGUGGCCUAGGGGACAAAAACACCAGCUUUUCUUUGACUGACCACUAUUCAGCAACGUGGUCCAUCAACAGGGUGACCAACCCUCCAAUCCCUAAACCAGCUGAGCAACCUUAACACCACACUUUAAGAGUUCCAUUAAUGGAAAUAGUUAUUAGUUACCUCCUCCUAAAGUUAGUUUCCAUAGAAAGCAAAUUGUAGUCCAGCCUAUUAGAACAGCCAAAGGCUUAGUUGCUGUGCCUGAAUGGCAACCACAAAGAAGUCUGUGCCCGGUUCUAGAGCCCUGGACUAAUGCCUUCUUAUCGUAUGAAUGGCUGGAGCAGAAAAGGCAAUGAUGUCAUAGACCUGCUACUGAAGCUUCUAGAACAAAGGCAGUUGGAGUGAGAACAUGAAGACCACUACAGGGGGAGAGUUGGUGACCACCUAAUCCAGGGCUGUUGUUUUGUCAUAAGGGCCAUGAUUCCAGCCGGCUGUAAAUAGAAAACAAGAAACAAAAAAAGUCUGCCGCCCAUCCAGACCACGACGCCAUCUACAUACAAGUCGCAGCCCUGAUGAAAAGAAUAAAGCAACCCCCGUGAAGUGGGAUCAGACAAGGUAGCUCUCAUGUUUCCUUUAUAGCUUUUUAAACUAAAGGUGGAGAUUGGCAAGAGGUCGAUACUUGGCUUGCCAGAUCUGCACCUGUGGACCUCAAGUGUCUACUGUAGCAGUUUGUAAGUGAAAGGAAGAAUGGAUGACUCUGAACCUGCAUUUGACCAAGUAAUCCCUGGAAAUGAAGACAUGCUAGGUGCUGAGGAACAGAAUUGCAAUGAGAUGUGCCAACCAGAGAGUGAAACAUCUUUUAGGAAACAAUCCCGCAGCAGCAGCCCUCACAUCCUAGGCCAGGAACAGGCUAUUAGUUUACUUGAAGAGACAGAGCAACCUGUUGUGCAAGACUCCAGAUAUGAGAAACUGGAAUCUCGGCGUAGCAGUCAGCAGUCCAUUCAGAAUCCGCAGAGCAGAAAAUCUUCCCAAGGUAAGGCCUUAGACAAAACUGAAUUAAUGGAUGAACGGUGUUGGAUCAGCGAAAAAACAGGCAUAAAAAUGAUAUCUGGCAGUCAGCAAACUAGUUUUGUUUGGGGCCCAGAAACACUUGAAGAAAUUCUGCGUCCUUUUCAUGAGGCUGCAAUAAGCAGGGCUGCUUACGCAAAUACAAAAGUAGAACCACCUGUAGCUCAAGACUCUCACCACAGUAUUCAACAACCAGAGGGGCAAGAAUCAAGGCGGGCUAGUCAACUACCUAUAGCAAACGAGUCUCGCCGCAGUAUUCCACAAGUGGCAGAGAGAAAGGAAUCAAUAAAAGGUAGGCAACAGAAUGCAGUACAUGAAUCUCGCUGCAGCAUUCAGCAGCCAGAGGGAAAGGAAUCAAGGCAAACUAGUCAACAGGCUUUAGCAGAAGAAUCUUAUUACAUUACUCAACAGCCAAAAGAGCAGGAGUCCAAGACUGGCAACCAGCUGCCAAAAAGACAAGGGUCCUACCAAAUGCCAGAAGAUAAAAGAAUAAAGAGACUGAAAAAAAUGCACAGAAAUAUAACUGACCAGGCACAGCAGACAGAUAGUGCAGAAUCUCUGAAAAGAGAACUGUUUGAAAAGAGUCUACAGACAGAUAGCCAUGGCAGUUCAGCAAUUAGUGCAACAAGUGAAUUGCAAGGUUCCCGCCAUGGCAGCCGCCAGUCUAACUUGCAAAAAAUUGAUCAGGAGAGUUUUCCAGUUCAGUUACAAGAUCCCUCUUCGGGCAACCAGCCCUCUGAAGCACCUGGGAUUUACCAUGGCCGCCUCCCACACGAACUUUCCUCCAAUGGCACCAAGCAAUUUGAUGUUCAAGAUCUCCACCGUGGCAGUCUUCCAGCUCAUUUACAACAUGAGGUACAAGAAUUCCGCCGGUGUAGCCUCCCUCUGGAAUUGCAAGAUUCCCUCCGCAAUACGAAGCAGGCUGAAAUUCAAGAGUUCCGUUAUAGCAAUAUCCUCGCUGCAGUGGAAGAUCUUGGGGAAACUCCUCUGGAGGCUGAGGAAGAGAAUUUUCAGAGCAGUCCCCCACUUGAAUUGGAAGUAUGCCACCAACCUAAUCAACAGGAUAUUGAGCAGGACUCCCAGCAGGACAACCAAAAGCCCCAAGAGACAGAAUGCAAGGUGGAUCGUGAAACUGAGACCGAGGGGCCCAUUUCUUUGGAUAGUAAGACAGCACCACUGAAGCAAAAGGCCUCAUUUGCUCAGCAAACAUAUAGUAUCAUUUCAAUUGAGGAAUCUACCUGGCUAAACAGAAGAUCUGGCAAAUUAAUAAGAAACCUCAGUCAGCAGACUGAUUGCAGUUGGCUCCAGGCUAAUAGAGAGAGAGAAAAGAAGCUUGGUGAUCAAGAAAUGAUGACAAGUUGUGAAACUGGGGUUCAAAAAUCAACCUGCCCCAAGUCUGAAAAAGAAGUACAAGCACCUGCCUGGAAGGAUAUUGAGAAGCCUAUGGAGGAUGACCCCUGGCUGGUCAGAAAACAGUCUGCUGUGCCUCAGAAAGACAGUGAAGUGUUAAUGGGACUCAAAUCUCGAAGAGGCAGUGAAAUGCCAGAGUACUUGAGGAGCACUGGACAGCCCAGCAUGCCUGAGAAUUGGAGGGACUCUGCUGCUCUAGAAAUCCCAAAGGACAGUGAACAGCCCGAGUUCACUGGAUCUGAGAAGGCAGGUGAUCUGUCCGCUGUGCCUGAGUUGCUGCAGAGCAGUAAACAGCUCUUCAUGCUUGACUCACAGAGAGGUAGGCAACAGUCCCUUGUGCUGGAAUCCAAGCUGGAUAGUGACCAGCCUGCUGUGCCCGAGUCCUGGAUGGGCAGUGAAGAGCCUGUUGAGCGUGAGAAACACAGCCAACCACCUACUGCACCAGUGUCCCGGAGAGGAAGUGAGAAGCCUGGUGAGCCUGAGUCCCGGAAACCCAGUGAACUCCGUACCCUGCCUGAGUCACAGAAAGACAGCCAACCACCUACUGCAGCAGUGUCCCAGAGAGGAAGUGAGCAGCCCUUUGUGCCUGAAUCCGGGAAGCAAAGUGAACACCGCACCCUGCCUGAGUCUCAGAAAGACAGCCAACCACCUACUGCAGCAGUGUCCCGGAGGGGAAGUGAGCAGUCCGUUGUGCCUGAAUCCCGGAAGCAAAGUGAACUCCGGACCCUGCCUGAGUCUCAGAAAGACAGCCAACCACCUACUGCAGCAGUGUCCUGGAGGGGAAGUGAGCAGCCUGUUGUGCCUGAGUCCCGGAAGCAAAGUGAACACCGCACCCUGCCUGAGUCUCAGAAAGACAGCCAACCACCUACUGCAGCAGUGUCCCGGAGGGGAAGUGAGCAGCCCUUUGUGCCUGAGUCCCGGAAGCAAAGUGAACUCCACACCCUGCCUGAGUCUCAGAAAGACAGCCAACCACCUACUGCAGCAGUGUCCCGGAGAGGAAGUGAGCAGCCCUUUGUGCCUGAGUCCCGGAAGCAAAGUGAACUCCGCACCCUGCCUGAGUCUCUGAAAGACAGCCAGCCGCCUACUGCAGCAGUGUCCCGGAGGGGAAGUGAGCAGCCUGUUGUGCCUGAGUCCCGGAAGCAAAGUGAACACCGCACCCUGCCUGAGUCUCAGAAAGACAGCCAGCCACCUACUGCAGCAGUGUCCCGGAGGGGAAGUGAGCAGUCCGUUGUGCCUGAAUCCCGGAAGCAAAGUGAACUCCGGACCCUGCCUGAGUCUCAGAAAGACAGCCAGCCACCUACUGCAGCAGUGUCCCGGAGGGGAAGUGAGCAGCCUGUUGUGCCUGAGUCCCGGAAGCAAAGUGAACACCGCACCCUGCCUGAGUCUCAGAAAGACAGCCAACCACCUACUGCAGCAGUGUCCCGGAGAGGAAGUGAGCAGUCUGGUGUGCCUGAGUCCCGGAAGCAAAGCGAACACCGCACCCUGCCUGAGUCUCAGAAAGACAGCCAACCACCUACUGCAGCAGUGUCCCGGAAGGGAAGUGAGCAGCCUGUUGUGCCUGAGUCCCGGAAGCAAAGUGAACUCCGGACCCUGCCUGAGUCCCAGAAAGACAGUCAGCCACCUACUGCAGCAGUGUCCCGGAGAGGAAGUGAUCAGCCUGGUGUGCCUGAAUCCCGGAAACCCAGUGAACUCCGGACCCUGCCUGAGUCCCAGAAAGACAGCCAACCACCUACUGCAGCAGUGUCCCGGAGGGGAAGUGAGCAGCCUGGUGUGCCUGAGUCCCGGAAGCAAAGUGAACUCCGCACCCUGCCAGAAUCUCAGAAAGAUAGCCAACCACCUACUGCAGCAGUGUCCCGGAGGGGAAGUGAGCAGCCUGGUGUGCCUGAAUCCCGGAAACCCAGUGAACUCCGUACCCUGCCUGAGCCCCAGAAAGACAGCCAACCACCUACUGCAGCAGUGUCCCGGAGGGGAAGUGACCAGCCUGCUGUGCCCGAGUCCUGGAUGGGCAGUGAAGAGCCUGUUAUGCCUGAGCCCCAGAAAGACAGCCAACCAACCACUGCGGCAGUGUCCCGGAGGGGAAGUGAUCAGCCUGGUGUGCCUGAAUCCCGGAAACCCAGUGAACUCCGGACCCUGCCUGAGCCCCAGAAAGACAGCCAACCACCUACUGCAGCAGUGUCCCGGAGGGGAAGUGAGCAGCCUGGUGUGCCUGAAUCCCGGAAACCCAGUGAACUCCGUACCCUGCCUGAGCCCCAGAAAGACAGCCAACCACCUACUGCAGCAGUGUCCCGGAGGGGAAGUGAGCAGCCCUUUGUGCCUGAGUCCCGGAAGCAAAGUGAACUCCACACCCUGCCUGAGUCUCAGAAAGACAGCCAACCACCUACUGCAGCAGUGUCCCGGAGGGGAAGUGAGCAGCCCUUUGUGCCUGAGUCCCGGAAGCAAAGUGAACUCCACACCCUGCCUGAGUCUCAGAAAGACAGCCAACCACCUACUGCAGCAGUGUCCCGGAGAGGAAGUGAGCAGCCCUUUGUGCCUGAGUCCCGGAAGCAAAGUGAACUCCGCACCCUGCCUGAGUCUCAGAAAGACAGCCAGCCACCUACUGCAGCAGUGUCCCGGAGGGGAAGUGAGCAGCCCGUUGUGCCAGAAUCCCAAAGUGACAAAUCACUUGGGACCGGAGCCAAGUUGGGUGCUGAAAAAGAGUCUGAAGUGCCAAGUGCUGCUGCAAGUGAGACAAGUCAAACAAAACGGAAAACUUCUUUUUCUGCAAAGGCUCAACAAACAUAUAGUAUUAUUUCCCUUGAGAUAAAUACUUGGAUUAACAGAAAAACUGGCACAUUAAUGUCUUGUAGCAGUCAACAAACUGAGGGAAGCUGGCUUCAGGAUUAUAUAGCAAAAAAACUAAGGCGUGCAUCUAAAGGAAGUAUGGAUAGGAGUGCUGCACCUGAACCAAGUAAGCCUGGAUCUGAGAGUGAUGGAAAAGAUGAAGUAGAGCAGGAGCUCACCUGUAAGAAAGAAUUUCCGACUGAGAAUAAGGGGGCAACAGCAGUGCUAAUUGCAGCCCAAACCCUAAUGUCUCCUGAAGAAGGAGAAGAAGAACUGUUGCACCUUGAAAACAAACUUGCAGUGAGGAGCCAACAGAAUGAGAUGCCACCAUCCCAGGGAGAGUGCAUACAGGAGGAUAUGCCACAGUUCCAAUGGGACAGCCAAAAGAGGGCGGUUCCAGAGCCAGAUAUGGUAGAGUCCCGGCGGGGCAGCCAGCAGGCGGUGGUGCAAGAAUCCCGGCGGGGCAGCCAGCAGGCGGAGGUGCAGGAAUCCAGGCGGGGCAGCCAGCAGGCGGAGGUGCAGGAAUCCAGGCGGGGCAGCCAGCAGGCAGUGGUGCAGGAGUCCCGGCGGGGCAGCCAGCAGGCGGAGGUGCAGGAGUCCCGGCGGGGCAGCCAGAAGGCGGAGGUGCAGGAAUCCAGGCGGGGCAGCCAGCAGGCAGUGGUGCAAGAGUCCCGGCGGGGCAGCCAGCAGGUGGAGGUGCAGGAGUCCCGGCGGGGCAGCCAGAAGGCGGAGGUGCAGACAGAGGUGCAAGAGUCCCGGUGGGGCAGCCAGCAGGCAGUGGUGCAAGAGUCCCGGCGGGGCAGCCAGCAGGCAGAGGUGCAAGAAUCCCGACGGGGCAGCCAGCAGGCAGUGGUGCAAGAGUCCCGGCGGGGCAGCCAGCAGGCAGAGGUGCAAGAAUCCCGACGGGGCAGCCAGCAGGCAGUGGUGCAAGAAUCCAGACGGGGCAGCCAACAGGCGGAGGUACAGGCGGAGGUGCAGGAGUCCCGGCGAGGAAGCCAGCAGGCGGAGGUGCAGGAGUCCCAAUGGGGCAGCCAGCAGGUGGAGGUGAAAGAAUCCCGACGAGGCAGUCAAAAGGAAGUCGUACAAGAGUCCCGACGGGGCAGCCAGCAGUCGGAGGUGCAGACGGAGAAGCAGGAGUCCUGGUGGGGCAGCCAGCAGGCAGUGGUGCAAGAGUCUCGGCAGGGCAGCCAACAGGCGGUGGUUCAGGAGUCCCGACGGGGCAGCCAGCAGGCGGAGGUGCAAGAGUCCCGGCGGGGCAGCCAGCAGGCAGCGGUGCAAGAAUCUAGACGGGGCAGCCAGCAGGCAGAGGUGCAGACGGAGGUGCAGGAGCUCCGGCGGGGCAGCCAGCAGGCAGUGGUGCAAGAGUCCCGGCGGGGCAGCCAGCAGGCAGCGGUGCAAGAAUCUAGACGGGGCAGCCAGCAGGCAGAGGUGCAGACGGAGGUGCAGGAGCUCCGGCGGGGCAGCCAGCAGGCAGUGGUGCAAGAAUCCCGGCGGGGCAGCCAGCAGGCACCGGUGCAAGAAUCCCGACGGGGCAGCCAGCAGGCACCGGUGCAAGAAUCUAGACGGGGCAGCCAGCAGGCUGAGGUGCAGACGGAGGUGCAGGAGUCCCGGCGGGGCAGCCAGCAGGCACCGGUGCAAGAAUCCCGACGGGGCAGCCAGCAGGCACCGGUGCAAGAAUCUAGACGGGGCAGCCAGCAGGCUGAGGUGCAGACGGAGGUGCAGGAGUCCCGGCGGGGCAGCCAGCAGGCAGUGGUGCAAGAAUCCGGACGGGGCAGCCAGCAGGCAGUGGUGCAAGAAUCUAGACGGGGCAGCCAGCAGGCAGAGGUGCAGACGGAGGUGCAGGAAUCCCGGUGGGGCAGCCAGCAGGCAGUGGUGCAAGAAUCCCGACGGGGCAGCCAGCAGGCGGUGGUGCAAGAAUCUAGACGGGGCAGCUGGCAGGCAGAGGUGCAGACGGAGGUGCAGGAGUCCCGGCGGGGCAGCCAGCAGGCAGUGGUUCAGGAGUCCCGGCGGGGCAGCCAGCAGGCGGUGGUUCAGGAGUCCCGACGGGGCAGCCAGCAGGCGGAGGUGCAAGAAUCCCGGCGGGGCAGCCAGCAGGCGGAGGUGCAGGAGUCCCGGCGGGGCAGCCAGCAGAUGGAGGUGCAAGGUUCCCGACGUGGAAGCCAGCCGGCAGGGGUGCCACAGUCUAGACAGGGAAGCCUGCAGGGCAAAGAGCUGAAGAUGGAGAAGGAAUACAAAACCCAGCAGGUUUUGGGUGAUGCAUUUCAUUUUAGUAACACCAUAUGGAAUACGUUAGGAAAUCCAACCCAGCAGCCUGAUGAGUCUGCAAGCAAAGGAACACUUGGGAGCUUAUCGUCAUACACAGAAGGUGAAGAUGCAGCUCAGCAGACAUAUAGCAUAAUUUCUCUAGAAGAUGGAAUCUGGCUGAACAGAAAAACUGGUAAGUUCCUGUUCAGUCAUGGUCAGCAGACAAACAAAAGUUCACUUGGUGGUGUUAAUGGAGGAGCUGUGGAAGAUGGCAGAGAUACAGUUGGAAGUAGAAAAACAAUGAAAUCUGUAGGACAAUCUGGCGAAAACUCCUGCUGUAGCAGUGUACAAUCUGAAAGUUGUUCAUCAAGCAUGAGCAUUGUACAACCUUGGGAAGAACUGCAGGAUCCUUAUGAGAAAGUGAUAAGCAACCACCAGAGCGCAACUACGCUGCUGAGCAUAGAUACAUAUGUUGAUCUGGAGCAUGAAUCAAAGGUGACUUACAAUGUUGUUUCUGCGCCAGAAGGAAGCUGGAUCAAUAUUAGAACUGGCAGGCUGGUGGUAUCUCAUACUCAGCAGACAGACGAGUCUUCCUUUCAAAAGCCUGGAACAGAUAGUCAAGCAGCCCAGAGGCGAGAUAGCUAUUCGCCUGAGCUGAGCCAUUAUGACCUGAGUGAUAGGCAGAUCAGUGAAGGUUCACAGCCAACCUACCUCAGUGAUGAACCAUAUGAGGAACCUGCAAUGCCUGGUGGAUAG